UUAAUAUAUCAUUUGUCGCAGAUUUUGAGAGAGCAGGGAAUGAUCAGACCAAAACUAUACAAUGUCAGAUUUCGACGAUUCGUUUUACUCGGUCCCUGUUGCGGUUUCAACUGAUCCCUUUCACGACGACAGUUGUCAAGGAGACGAUUCCGAUCGCGUUGAUUCGCUGGUCUUCAAUAAAAAUAACUCGUCUUUCAACAUUAAGAAGCCGUCGGUCUACGGUGAGGAUGAGAACGAUGAAUCUGAAGGGCCAGUUUUGCCUCCUCUGUUGGAGAUAACACCGGAGGAGAGCGUCGCUCUCAGAGAAUGGAGAAGGGAGAAUAUGAUUCAUUUGGAGGAGAAAGAGAAGAAAGAGAAAGAGAAUUUGAACCAAAUUAUUGAAGAAGCAGAUGAAUACAAAGUUGAAUUCUACAGAAAGAGGGCAGUGACAUGUGAAAAUAAAAAAGGAAUUAACAGGGAAAGAGAGAAAUUAUUUGUGGACAACCAGCAGAAGCUUCAUGCUGAAACUGAUAAGAAUUACUGGAAAGCAAUAGCAGAGCUCAUUCCUAAUGAAGUGCCAACUAUAGAGAAGAAGAAAGCACAGAAGGAUGAGGAAAAGAAGCCUGCCGUCUUUGUGAUUCAAGGUCCAAAACCUGGUGAGCCAACUGAUUGCACAAGAAUGCGGCAGAUACUCAUAAAAUUGAAGCACAAUACCCCUGCCCAUUUGACGCCCUUGCCGCCUCCAGCACCUGCCUCUUCCAAGGAUACUAAAACUUAUCAGGCUUCACCCUCCCAGACUGCAGCUGCUGAGAUUGUGGCUGCUGCUUAAUGGUUUUGUUGUGGCAUCUUUGUUGGCUUUUAGAAGUCAAAAGUAUCUGUGAGAGUAGUUUAUUAGACAGUUGUGUAGUUCAAGUUAAAGCCCCCUCGAACCUCACGAAGUUGGUAUCUCAGAUUCUCAGUAAAUAACAUGUCAACUUGGACAA